AUGGCAUCGUCAGGGUGGCCAUGGAUGCAAGGAAUUGAGGUGGCAAUUGAUGAUCCCAUUGCCCCCGUUUGUCCCGAGGAUGAUCGUCCUUCCGUCAAGGUACUGAUAGAGGAACACGCGGAGAAAAUUGCCAAGAUCAAGGCAGCAUUGCGAGAAGAUCCUCUCUUUGAUGCCGACAAACACGACGAUUUGUGGAUUCUUCGUUAUUGGUUGUCCCACAAGAAGAGCAAGGAUGCCAUUGAUGCCGCCAAACAUACCUUAAAGUUUCGUCACGAGCAUCAUCUCGAUGACAAGGAUAUUCGUUCCGUCGCCCCGCAACAUGUGACUAUGGAACAAAACAGCAAGAUUCGAGAAUAUUUGGAUUGCUGGAAACCGGAUGCGGUGCUAUUGACCCAUCCACAUCCCCAAAGAGGUGUUGUGACCUUUAUCAAUUUUGCCAGCAUGGACCAACAUGUCGUUGUGGAACGGUGCUCAGAAGACCACUGGUUUGAAAUAUACUUGUAUUCGUCAGAGUGGGCCUUUCAAUGGCUCGACUACGUGACACGGACCACGGGACGCUUGACCAAAUCGGUCCGAUUGGCAGACCUUUCCGGCCUUACCCUGGGGGGCUUCAAUCGAGAAUGCGGAAAACGAGAUGGCAGGGCCAUGACAUUGAUGGAAGAUUGUUACCCACAACUGCUGGAAACUGUCUUUAUCUGCAAUGGACCAAGCCUUAUCUGGGCAGUCUGGAAGCUAUUCAGUGUCAUUGUUCCCAAGAGAGUCAAAUCCAAGUUUGACAUUAUCAGCCCCAAAGACAAUCCCAAGGAUCGGAAGAAACUCUUCCGGCAUUUGACAGAGGAAGAUUUGCCAGAGGUGUACGGGGGAAAGUACACAGUGGGUCCAGAGAUAUGGGGGUUAGUAUCCGACGAUGAGAAUGGCACGGGCAGUGACACCGCUGCAAACUGA